UUUCGCUCUGCUCCUGUCUCACAUGCGUUUCCUUUUCAUUUCAGAGGUCCUGUCCAGCUGGGAGGAAUGGUGGACAUACGACGGCAUCUCGGGUCCCAGCUUCUGGGGUCUCAUCAAUCCGCAGUGGAGCAUGUGCAACAAAGGACAUCGACAGUCGCCCAUUGAUGUGGUGCCCGACAAGCUGCUCUUCGAUCCAUACCUGCGACCGCUGCACAUUGACAAGCACAAGGUUUCCGGCACGCUGCACAACACGGGUCAAUCACUCGUCUUUCGCGUGGACAAGGACACAAAGCAGCACGUGAACAUAUCCGGAGGUCCUUUGGCCUAUCGCUACCAAUUCGAAGAGAUUUACAUACACUACGGCACCGAGAACAGUCGCGGCUCCGAGCACUACAUACAGGGCUACAGUUUUCCGGGCGAGAUACAAAUCUAUGGCUUCAACAAGGAGCUGUACCACAACAUGUCCGAGGCGCAGCAUAAAUCGCAGGGCAUUGUCGGACUCUCGUUGAUGGUGCAAAUUGGCGAAACGCCCAAUCCCGAGCUGCGCAUCAUAACGAGCACAUUCAACAAGGUUCUCUAUAGAGGCUUCUCGACGCCCAUACGGCACAUAUCGGUGCGAUCGCUGCUGCCGAACACGGAUCAGUAUAUCACGUACGAGGGAUCCACCACGCAUCCGGGCUGCUGGGAGAGCACGGUCUGGAUACUAGUUAAUAAACCCAUCUAUAUCACCAAACAAGAGUUAUAUCAACUCCGUCGACUGAUGCAAGGCUCCGAGAGUACACCGAAAGCUCCAUUAGGUAAUAAUGCGCGACCCGUGCAAAGUUUACACCAUAGAACCGUAAGGACGAACAUAGAUUUUAAGCGUCAUAAGCAGAAUCAAAAUGCAUGUCCUUCCAUGUACAAGGAUAUGUACUAUCGUGCGAAUCGCUGGUCCCCAGAUACAGGACUCCUGAUGCGUUGACAACAACAACAACAACAACAACCAGAUCAACUAAAACAACACCAAC